GGCUGUGACCCCAAAUCAGCGGGCCGGCCACAACAGCAAACCCGAGAACGGGCUGGUCAGCGAUGAGCAUCGGGCGGUGGCUGCGGGCAGAAACGCGCUACUAUGGGGGCGCCCGCUGGUGGUGAGUUGUCGGAGGCCAAUGACGCAUUGUUCCGGGCCCCGUCAGAGCCACUUACAGCGCUGGCAACAACUGGCAGCAAAAGAGAGGGUCCCUGUAGAGCCAGAAAAAAAUCAGUGGCAGAAAAAAAAGUUGAAGGCGGCGGAACCCAAGAACGGCAUCGGCAUUGUAUCGCCUACAACCACAGCAAAACUAUUUUCCAAAAUGGCCAAAGGAACGUCCGUUUUCUCCGUUGCUUCGAAGGCGAUUGACCCCCACCUGCAAUCGCUCUUCUCUGGUAGUUCUGGUCCAGUACAGGCCCCUCCCAAGACUAGAUAUGCUGAGUUGCGCGCUGCUAAAUUAAAAGAAGACGACGAAGACGACGAAGAUGACGAAGAAGAGGGUGACGACGAGGUGUUAUCAGAGGCCAGUCAAGAACUAGACUACUCUGAUGAUGACGAUGAUGACAACGAAGAUGACGUCCAGGAGGACGAAGAACAAGACUUGGACGCCAUUGCCGCUGAAGCUGCUGACCAAGAGCCACGCCGCGAGCGCAAGCGCAAGAGAAAGGACCAAUACGAAGACUUGGAGGGCGACUAUCUCGAACAGCUCCAAAAGGACGAGCACAUCGAACAUGAGACAAAACGAAGCAAAAAGGAGACUGAAGCCGAGGAUGAAGACGAAGAAAUGGAUGAUGGUGAACUCCCCGUCCACGAAUCGCUCACAAAGGGUGGUAAAUCUGAGGAAGCCGACAAGGCUGCCCGUACUGUCUUCAUCGCCAACGUUUCCACCGACGCCAUCUCCUCCAAGUCCGCCAAGAAGACUCUCAUGACCCAUCUCUCUGAUGCCCUCGAAAAGGACGAGUACCCAGCUCAAAAGGUCGAGUCUAUCCGCUUCCGAUCCGUCGCCUUCUCUACCGCCGCCAUGCCCAAGCGCGCUGCCUACAUUACAAAGUCUCUGAUGGACGCCACGACAAAGUCUACCAACGCCUACGUUGUCUUGUCUACAGAGGCUGCCGCUCGCAGACUCGUCUCCAAGCUCAACGGCACUGAGGUCCUCGGCCGCCACAUUCGAGUAGACAGCGUUGCCCAUCCUAGCCCAACGGACCACCGUCGCUGCAUCUUUGUUGGCAACCUGGGCUUUGUCGAUGACGAGACAAUUGUCAAGAAGAACAGCGAGGGUGAAGAAGAGAGAAAGAAGCGCAACAAGGUCCCUUCAGAUAUCGAGGAAGGCCUCUGGCGCACGUUCUUGAAGCACGGCAAGGUUGAAAAUGUCCGUGUUGUUCGUGACCCCAAGACCCGAGUCGGUAAGGGCUUUGCCUACGUUCAAUUCUAUGACGCCAACGACGUUGAAGCCGCGCUUCUCCUCAACGGAAAGUCCUUCCCUCCCAUGCUGCCACGCAAGCUCCGAGUCACUCGCGCCAAGGACCCCCGCAAGACGAACCAGGCUAUCGAACGAACCAGAGCCAAGGCUAAUGCUGCUGCUGAUGCCAAAAACAAGACGGGUUACAACCCCAAGAAGACUCCCGAGCAGCUUGCUGCUGCUGGCAGAGCUAGCAGACUCUACGGCCGCUCUGGAGCCAUCCAUGCCAGCCGGGGAACCACCCACCGCUCUGCAAACUCUACUCUUCCUGAUGGCAUCAAGCCUCCUUCCGAGAUUGUUUUCGAAGGCCGCAGAGCUUCUUCAAGAGAUGCUCUUCCGAAGGACCUCAAGGGUAAGAAGGGCAAGGGCAAGAAGGGUAAGCCCACCAACAGAGGCGCUCGCCGUGGUGCCGAGUGGAAAAAGAAGAAGUCUGCCUAAAGCUGCAUCGUCGAUUUGGAAAAGCUCUCUAUUAAAUAUUGGUUGAACCGGCGUUUGGCGCAUUGAAUCAAGAAUCUGUACAAAUUACAUAGCAAUACAACCUAAGCUACGCAUCUACACACAAACACACUUAUAGAAUUGUCCCACGUUGUGAAGGCUACUAGGUCACAUAUUAAAGCUUACGCAAUUCGUAUCUCUACUAAGGGAUAUCAACUUGAAUUUUGCCUGCCUGAAUUCGAAAGAACAUACUGCCGAAACAAAAUAAGAGGGUGUGUGUUCUCCGAGUAGUGAUUAUCUACAGCGUUAGACGCGGACCGCUCCCAAAAACCAUAAACCCUGAUCAGACCUCUAAGGAUGCGGAUGUCGCGCCAGGCGGUUAACCCAUGCCAGAUCCAGCAUUCGCCAUUCCAGUGUUUCAGCGGUAGAGAUCCAUCACAUUAAAGAAGUGAAAGGCGAAUAUGAGAUACUUGACUCGAUAGGCGUCGCAAGAACUUAGUAUUCGAGGUCCUCCUCAGGCUCAAGAGAGUCGGCAGCAACCUCCUCGUAAUCCUUCUCGAGGGCAGCAAGAUCCUCGCGAGCCUCGGUGAAUUCACCCUCUUCCAUACCCUCACCAACGUACCAGUGGACGAAAGCACGCUUGCUGUGCAUGAGAUCGAACUUCUGGUCAAGACGAGACCAAGCCUCGGCAAUGGCGGUGGUGUUGGAAAGCAUAGAGACGGAGCGGUCAACAGAAGCAAGGCCACCAUCCUCAGCAGGAGCAGGGACAGCCAUGGGCUUCUGGUAGUUGAUGCCAACCUUGAAACCAGUGGGGCACCACUCGACAAGGUUGAAAGAGGCCUUGGCCUUGACGGCGGCAACGGCGGCGUUGCAGUCGCGGGGAACAACAUCACCACGGUACAAGAGGGCAACGGCCAUGUACUUGCCAGCGCGGGGGUCGCAGACAACCAUCUGGUUGUUGGGCUCGAAGCCUAUAGCUGAAUUAGCGUUGACGGAAACACAAUAUAUACCAUGAUGGAAACUUACACUGGAGAGUCAGGUCCUGGACCUUGAAGCUCUCGUGGGCACUCUUGGCAGCAGAGACAACGGGGGCGUAGCUGAUAAGAGGGUAGUGGAUACGAGGGUAGGGAACCAAGUUGGUCUGGAACUCGUUCAAGUCGACGUUAAGGGCACCAUCGAAGCGGAGAGAAGAGGUGACGGAGCUGACAACCUGGGCAAUGAGGCGGUUAAGGUGCUCAACAGAGGGGCGAGAGACACCGAGGUUACGGCGGUAGAUGUCGUAGACAGCCUCGUUAUCGACAAGGAAAGUGCAGUCAGCGUUCUCAAUGGUGCUGUGGGUGGAGAGAACAGCGUUGUAAGGCUCAACGACGGCAGUGGAGACGCGAGGAGCAGGGUAGACGGCGAACUCAAGCUUAGUCUUCUUGCCAUACUCAGUGGCAAGGCGGUCAAGAAGGAGAGCACCGAAACCAGAGCCAGUACCACCACCGAAAGAGUGGAAGAUGAGGAAACCCUGGAGAGAGUGGCAGUUGUCUAUGAGUGUCAU